CCCUCUCAGUUUAGGUUCCCGCAGGCCUCAGGGCCGCGGGGGCCUGGCUGCACGUUCCCUGCCGGCGCUCUGCGGCACGGGCCGGUGGGACGUUGGUGGGGUUGCCCUUCUAAGCCCGCCUCGGGUCGCGAUGUCGUCCGGGGCCGGGUCUCGGCGGCCGCGGGAGCCGCCGGAGCACGAGCUGCAGCGGCGGCGGGAGCAGAAACGGCGGCGGCACGACGCGCAGCAGCUGCAGCAGCUCAAGCACCUGGAGUCCUUUUAUGAGAAACCUCCUCCUGGAUUUAUAAAGGAGGAUGAGACGAAGCCAGAAGACUGUAUACCAGAUGUGCCCGGCAAUGAACAUGCCAGGGAGUUUCUGGCUCACGCUCCGACUAAAGGACUGUGGAUGCCCCUGGGGAGAGAGGUCAAAGUUAUGCAAUGUUGGCGUUGCAAACGGUAUGGCCAUCGAACAGGCGACAAAGAAUGCCCUUUCUUUAUCAAAGGCAACCAGAAGUUAGAACAGUUCCGAGUUGCACAUGAAGACCCCAUGUAUGACAUCAUUCGAGAGAAUAAAAGGCAUGAAAAGGAUGUAAGGAUCCAGCAGUUAAAGCAGUUACUGGAGGACUCCACCUCAGAUGACGACGGGAGCAGCUCCAGCUCCUCGGGAGACAGAGAGAAGCGCAAGAAAAGGAAGAAGAAAGAAAAGCACAAGAAACGCAAGAAGGAGAAGAAAAAGAAGAAGAAACGGAAGCACAAGGCUUCCAAGUCCAGUGAGAGCUCUGACUCAGAGUGAUAGCACCACCCACAGGCCAAAGGACAGAGCCGCCGCCGCCGAGAGCGAGAGCCUGGACACCUAGCACAGCCGUGGGCCCUCACUGCCUCCUGGUGCCGAGUGACCACUGCAGAGCAGGUGGGCUCCUGCAGCACCUGUGUCCUCUACCCUGAUGGUCACCGUUGUCUGUGACUGCUUCAGUAGGCCGCUGUAGUGGGAGGUGAUGAGAAGACCCAGAAGAGGCAGACACUCUAGGGCACUGCCACAGCGGCGUUUGCCCUCCAUGGUGUGGUAACUCAUUUUCCAUGAACUUAAGGCUUCACCCUUCUUUGUGGUUUGGGAUAAUAAAAGUCCAUGUUUUAUUUUUCAAA